CAGAUAAAGUCAAAAACACCCCCCUCUUUUCCCAGCCAUGCAAACUGCGGGAUGAAGCUGGAAGCUGUGGUCGAGCAGCUGCAGAAGCAGCAGCAGAAGCAGCAAACGCCUCUGCAGAUGGAUUCCAGGGAGAGACAGCAGAGGCAGAUGAGAGAAGCCCAGCUGCUCUACACUCAGCAGCUGGCUGUGCAGCAGGCUGUCCUAGCAGCUGCAUCUGGCAGGGCUUCGGGAGGCUCUGCUGUUGGUCCCUUGGCCAGAGGCCCACCUGCAGCCGGAGCUACACGGGCUUUUGAUCAGAGCAGCAUGAAUUCAGAGCCAGAAGAGGAAGAGGAGGAUGAAGAGGAGGAGGAAGAAGAUGAGGAGGAGGAGGAGGAAGAAGGAGGUUUGGAAGGUGGAGAUCUUGAGGAUGGCGCUGAUGUGACUGGAAAAGAAACCUGCUCUGCUCUGAAAUAUUUUCAUGCUCCCAAAGUUGCCCAUCACAACCAAAGAGUGGCCUCUACCUCUAAUCCUCUUCCAGCUUCGGGGCACCAGCGGGGACAGCAGGGCAAAGAAGAACAGGGUAAAGACACUACUAAGCAACCGUAUUCCAGUUCCCCAUCUGGACGCCAGAACUGGCGGUUGGAUGAGCAGCUCAAACAGAACGGCAAUGUGACCUGGAGUGAUGAAGGUGAUGGAUGCCGAGGAAGAGAAAUUUCACGAGACUUUGCCAAGCUCUAUGAACUGGAUAGUGACCCUGAACGGAAAGAGUUCCUGGAUGACCUCUUCAUCUUUAUGCAGAAGAGGGGAACUCCCAUCAAUCGGAUCCCCAUCAUGGCAAAGCAGAUCCUGGAUCUCUACAUGCUCUACAAGCUGGUGACAGAGAAAGGAGGGCUGGUGGAAAUCAUCAACAAGAAGAUCUGGCGAGAGAUUACCAAAGGCCUUAAUCUGCCCACCUCCAUCACCAGUGCCGCGUUCACACUUCGAACCCAGUAUAUGAAGUACCUAUAUGCCUACGAAUGUGAGAAGAAAUCCCUCAGUUCUCCUGCUGAGCUUCAGGCUGCAAUCGAUGGCAACAGGCGGGAAGGCAGGCGGCCCAGCUACAGCUCCUCUUUGUUCAGCUACUCGCCCACCACCACAGGGCCUCCUUCCCUCCUGUCGCCCCCAAAGAUCCGCUUCCCCAUCAUCGGUGUUGCGCCAGGCAGUGGGACCAGCAAUCCUCGGGUGUCUCCAGCAGCAGCUGUCAGAAAAGGUGACGGUGUGCCCUUGACUGUGUCUAUGCCAAAUCGUAUUGCUGUGCCAGUGACCUUGGCUAGCCAGCCCACAACUGCAGCAGCAAGAACAGCCACCCUAGAGCAGCUGAGGGAGAGACUGGAGUCAGGAGAGCCUCCAGAGAAGAAGGUCUCGCGGAUGACAGAGGAGGAGCAGCGGCUUGUCCAGCAGGCUCUUCAGCGCAACCUGUUCAGCAUGGCACGGCAGAUCCCCAUGAAGAUCAAAAUCAAUGGCAAGGAAGAUAAACCGGACUCGGCAACAGCAGCAGCACUGAAUUUGUCACCUAACGGCAUUGGGAGUAUUAACAUGUCGGUGGAGAUUAACGGCACAAUUUAUGCUGGAGUGCUCUUUGCCCAGAAGCCAGUCGUCCAUCUCAUUGCAGGCUCCAGCACCCAAAGUUCCUGCAGCAGCAGCAGCAGCUCCCACUGCUCUCCCAGCCCUACCUCAUCCCGGGGAACCCCCAGUGCAGAGCCCUCCACCAGCUGGUCUCUCUGAUGGACGGCCAAGCCUGCUGUCUCUCACACUGGCCUCCGGCAGCUCUUCCUCUCUGCUCUCAGCAGGGAGCGAGCCAGGAAGGAGUCGCACAGAUUACCUCAUCUCAAGGAACCUGCUUUUGUGGUUGGCCAAUGGCAAGAUGAUGAUGAUGCUGAAACCUU